AAGACUGUCAGUACAGUCAAGAGGCAGCACAGUAUGCCGACCGUGUGGAGCAGAAGCAACGCGUGCGGAGACUCAAACACUCGCUCUACUUCAAAAUGUUGGUUAAUAUUUGGAGUCUUCCUUUUCUUCGUGGAGCUAACGAUCGGAGCAAACAAAAUCGACACCCACCUCAAUCGAAAAAGUUGCGGUUUGUCCCAAGCCACGGGAAGGGUUUUCAAUGGUGAGCCUAUAAGCAGGACGCAAAUUCCUUGGAUAGUACAGAUAGAAACACCUCUGCCAGGCACGCAUACAUCCAUGAUGUGCGGUGGAAGCAUCAUUACACGCAAUGUUGUGAUGACUGCAGCACAUUGUUUUCCUGAGAUGUCCUUACCGGAAAAAAUUUCUAUCUAUUACAAUUCGACAAAGUCAAGAGCUGGGCCAGUAAAUUAUGUGGACCGCAUCAUUACGCAUCCCCAAUACAAUGAACGCUAUGCCAUGAAAUAUGACAUCGCACUGUUGAAGGUUCGAAAGAAUUUUAGGUUUGAUAGAUUUGUUCGACCAAUAUGCCUUCCCAACAGAGAUAUUAUUGUGGGAGAAAGACCAUUAUUAUCUGGCGGCUGGGGAAGGAUUAAUUCUAAGAUACCUCCCGUCACCUCCAAAAAUCUGAUGUAUGUGCAUAUUUACGCAUUGCCACAAAAGAAGUGUGAAUAUAUCAUCAAUCAUAUACGAAGUGUUAAUAUAAGUGGACUUGAUCCCGAAUAUGCCCUGUGUGCCGAAGCGUACAAUGGAAAUCUCUGCGAAGGCGAUUCUGGUGCCCCGAUGACAAUAAGACGCAGAAGUGGAAAAUCUGUGCAAGUAAGCAUUCUAAGCGUUGGAGCAACUGGCUGCAACUACGAGAGUAUAUAUUCAAUGAACGUUCGUGUUUACAAGUUUUUGUCUUGGAUAAAAGACGCCCUCAGCGACCCUGAAAGCUGGAAAAUCAUUGAAGGUCGUAAUCAUGAAUUCAUUUAGUAGCGGGCAUUCUGUCAUGUAUUUUCGAAAUAAAGGUGCAUAAUUUGGGCGGCCUCAGAUGUAAAA